CUGGUCAGUAUGCUGUUGUCUCUAGAGGGACCCAGAGGGAUGGAGCUUAACUGUUGCUCACAUGUGGACCGCCUACUUAGCAAGCUGCCAAAGUAUCUUCGAGAUGGCUUCAUUGAGUUCCUUCAACAGCAGGGGAAGCUCAACUCCAUAAGUCUUAACCCCUACAAUCUGCAAGACUUUGCUGGAUGGCUACAAGUCAAAGCACAGCAGCAGAGACUGUCUAUUCGAUUAGUGCAGCGCUACCAACACGAGAGGCUUCCAGGUGUCACGACAGGGAAACCCUCAGCGAAACCAAAGGGGCCAAGUCUAGUUCUUUACCAUGGUGCAUCUCCAGCUGAGACUGCACUCUCUACCCGUCCCAAAGAGCCCAAGCAAAAGAAACCGCUCAAGGUACUCUGUAUCUUUUGCAACAAUAAAGAGCACUACAUCACACGCUGUGAUAACAUCAAAGAGCAGUCAGUUGCAGACCUGCAAAAGUGGAUUUCUGAUGGAAAGCGAUGCUGGCGAUGUGCACGACUGCAUGAAUCAGAGAUGUGUAACCUCAAAAAGCCAUGCAGUGACUGUGGUGGAAUACAUCUACAGGUGCUUCACCGUAUAGCACGUGAUGAUCCAACAAACACAGCAAGCACAUCAGAGAGUCGCGUCUACCUCACACCCGCUAGUGCGACCAGCAGAGUACUUCUUAAAGUGGUACCAGUGUUGCUACACAACAAAUUCAAGUCAGUGGAGACUUACGCUGUACUGGACGAUGGAGCGCAGAGAACCAUGAUCUUACCAAUGGCCGUUCAAAUGCUUCAGUUGAGAGGUGAACCUGAAAUACUGGCUCUACGCACGGUACGAUCCGACAUCACUCACCUUUCCGGGUCCAAGAUUAACUUAGAAAUCUCUCCAAAGAGUGAACCAAAGAGGCACUUCCAGAUACUUGGAGCCUUCACAGCUUCAGGUCUGAACUUAGUAGAGCAAUCAUAUCCAGUGCAGAGACUUCAGAGACGGUAUGCUCACAUCAGAGGGCUCCCAUUACAGUCCUUCCACAAUGUGCGUCCACUGGUACUGAUAGGAUCAGACCAUGUCCAUCUUAUCACAGCAGAUAAGCCAGUCUGUCAAGGAUCCAAAGGUGGUCCCAUCGCAGUGCACACAGCCCUUGGUUGGGCCCUUCAAGGGACUGAGGAGAGCACCCCAAGUCACAGCUCAGUGCAUCAGUGUCUUUUCGUGUCAACUGCCUGUCCCGAUGACUUGCUCUACCGUAAUGUUGAGAAAUUAUGGCAGCUUGACAUCCUGCCUUAUCGGAAUGAGAAACUGGUGGUUCGAUCCAGGGAAGAUCAAGAAGCGAUUAAACUUCUCGAAUGCAGGACACAGAGGAUUCAGGUAGACGAUGUUCAGCGGUAUGCCACCGCCCUCCUACGCAAACCUGGUGCUCCGAAACUCACAAGCACAAUUCAGUCCGUUAUGCCUAGUCUGAGGAGUACAGAGAGGAAACUUCAGAAAGACCCCAAGGAAGCUGCUAUCUACUCUGGUGAGAUUAAUAAACUCAUUAAGGCAGGCUAUGUUUCUAAGCUUCAACCCGAAGAAGUCACCAAAUCAGAGGAGGCCUGGUACAUUCCCCACCACCUUGUGUGUCACAACGAUAAACCAAGACUGGUCUUCAAUUGCUCAUUCAGGUAUCAAGGUCUGUCUCUGAAUGAUCAGCUUUUGCCAGGACCUGCACUUGGUCCAUCAUUGUUGGGCGUUCUCUUGAGAUUCCGCCAACACCACGUGGCUGUAAGUGCGGAUAUUCGCGGAAUGUUCCAUCAGGUCCACUUGCUGCCUGAGGACCGACCUCUUCUUCGCUUCAUCUGGCGAGAUCUGCACUGUGAGAACUGUCCAGAUGUGUACGAAUGGCAAGUCUUGCCGUUUGGUACAACCAGCAGCCCGUGUUGUGCCAUUUUUGCUGUGCAACAGCAUGCUCGCAAUAACCAAGAGAGUUACCCAGGUGCUUACAGGUAGUGCAGCAAAGUUUUUUGUGGACAAUUAUCUGGCAAGCUUUCCAACCACAUCUGAGGCCAAGCUAACAGUUGAUCAACUGCGCAGUCUGCUAGCUACGGGCGGUUUUGACCUCAGACAAUGGGCUAGCAACCAGCCAUCAGUGAUCUCUCAUCUACCCACAGAAGCAAGGUCUUCAGCUGCAGAACAAUGGCUUGAACAGAACAGGACUGAUCCAAUGGAACCAACUUUGGGUCUCAGGUGGAAUUGUGCUGCUGAUACACUAGGAUACCAAUAUCGUCCCAUUGAACACGCCACACUAACAAUGAGAACAGCCUAUCAAGUGCUAGCAACGCAGUAUGACCCAUUGGGGUUCAUUGUGCCUUUCACCACACGGGCAAAAGUGCUCAUUCAACAACUAUGGUCCAAAAAAAGGGAUUGAGAUGAUCCAAAUCUGCCACAGGAUCUUCAUGCUGCCUGGGACACAUGGGAAAGUGAGUUAAAGUAUCUCAGCGUCAUAACAAUUCCUCGCUGUUACUCAUCAGUUCCCAGUGAUGUACAACGGAAAUACGACCUCCAUGUGUUCUGCGAUGCAUCAGAACGAGCAUAUGGGGCUGUGGCUUACUUGGUAGAGUAUACACAAGAUGCCGUUCAUACCACUUUCAUUAUGGCGAGAUCACGAGUUGCUCCCAGGAGGCAACAGUCUGUGCCUCGCUUGGAGCUCUGUGCAGCAUUAGCAGGAGCCCAGCUAGCGAAGCUUCUGAAAGAUGAGAUCACUCUCACAAUUCAGCAGACAAUUUUGUGGACAGAUUCUACAACUGUGCUGGAGUGGCUUCAGUCCGACUCUUGUAGGUUCAAAGUCUUUGUUGGAACAAGAGUGUCAGAAAUCCAGGAGUUGACAGAUCACAGUACUUGGCAGUGCGUGGACACACAGCAAAACCCAGUGGAUGAUAUCACCAGAGGUAAACCCCUCUCAAGUUUUACUGUGCCUGGGCGCUGGAGUCAGGGACCAUUGUUUCUAAAACUGAGUUCUGAGCCCUGGCCAAAGAGACCUGAACCGGCAAGGUCAGAAGAGUUACCCGAACUGAAAGGUGUCACUAUCUGCUGCCUAACCACUGUGGAACCAGAUCAUACCCUUCCGGAUGCCAGUCAGUUCAGCACAUGGAAAGAGUUAGUGGAAGCAACACGGCAGGUAUGUCAACAAGUGACAGAUGGUUCGGCGAGCGCUCAGCUCAUUGAUCCUCGUGAAGCAGAGUUGAUCCUACUAAGGAAGUGUCAGGCUCAGAGCUUCCCUGAGGAGACAACAGCCCUCAAAACACACAAACCUAUACCAAACCACAGUUGACUAAUAUGUCUAGCUCCAGAGUGGGAUCCAGUAACUAAUCUAAUCAGAGCUCAGCCUAAGGUACCACAAAUGGCAGACCUGCCACCAGAGCGGCUCAGACUUCUCUGUCCACCGUUUUAUUCUACUGGAGUGGACUGCUUCGGCCCUUAUCAUCUUCGAAGAUUCAUAGCCAGAUGUGGCAGACCAAAGGAGAUUAGGUCAGACUGUGGCACAAACUUUCGUGGUGCGGAUCGAGAACUGCGUGAAGCUUUUGCUGCUAUGGAAUCCCAAUUAAAGGAGCAGCUGGCCGAUUAUCAGAUCCUCUUCAAGUUCAACCCGCCUAAUGCUCCUCAUUUUGGUGGUGUUUGGGAGCGAGAGGUCCGCUCCAUCAAAGCUGCUCUACAGGUGGCAGUUGGAAUUCAGUCUGUCUCAGAAGAUGUCCUGUCUACAGUAUUAGUAGAAGUAGAGGGCAUUUUGAAUUCAAAACCCCUUGGAUAUGUCUCCACAGACGUUGCGGAUAUAGACCCCAUUACACCAAACCUUCUCCUCAUGGGGCGGCGAGAUGCAUCACUUCCGCAAGUGGCGUAUGCUUCAGAAGAAAUGGGGCGGCGCAGAUGGCGCCAUUGUCAAAAUCUUGUGGAUCAAUUCUGGACUCAGUUUACAAGGAAUUACUUGCCCACACUACAGACACGCCAGAAGUGGCACAAGCCAUCAGACUCUCUGACAGUAGGAUCAGUGGUUUUAAUAAUUGAUCCACAACUUCCCAGGGCUCAGUGGCCCAUUGGCAAAGUUACCAAGACUGUGGUCAGCAAUGAUGGAUGUGUGAGAACAGCAGACGUCAGUGUUCAAGGCAAAGUGUACACCAGGCCAGUAGCCCACCUCAUUCCCAUGCCAGCCUUUAAGGACGAAACCAAAGACUCUUAAAGAAUUCCCUUAACUUGCACAUUUGCUACUCAACUGUGGGGGCGGCUGUUGUGAAUUCUUUACAUUAUGCAUAUUAUUCUUUAUAUUUAUACUAUUCAUACGAUUAUUAACACUUUUAUUUUAUAUCUGGUAAGAGCUUUUAUUAUGUAAAUAUGCACUACGCUACGUGCUUGGCGUAAGUGCCGCGUUAUUGGUUACGCAUACAGAGCUGACAGAAUGUGACGCAGUUUCCACCUGUGCAGCAUCGCUAAGUGCAGAGAAAAGUUACUGACGAAGUAAGUUUAUUCCAUGACUUUGUUUAUAAUACUGGAUGUUUAUACUGCUAAAUCUGUUUCUACAUUAAGCCUGUGAAGUUGGUGGUUCGCGAUCUUUAUGAUCAUUAACUCAUCACGUGAAACGCACGUGGAAGUGCCGUUAUAUUGCGGCUUAUCUUGCUAAUGUUUUAACAUCUCGUUUAAAUAUGUUUCUGAUUCCAUACAGUAUAUUCUACAUUUGUUAUGUUUUCAUAUCGUAAUGAGGAUGUUAUAUAACGUAUUUUAAGUUGUUUAUAUGCUCCUUUUACAUUCUAUGUACAUCCAGUAAUUAGGAUAUUAUUUUACUAAUUGCACAUUGAGAGUUAUUGUUUAAUUUGAAACGUGCUGUUUUAUUGGAACAGUAUGCAAAUAUUUAUGUUAGACAUUAUUUACUUCUGUUUAUUCUUCAUUGCAGAAACUACCUUCUAUGCAAAUCAAUGUGUAUAUGGUUAAACCCUGCACAUAAUAAAUGGUGGAAAGAUUUUGAUGACUCCAACUCCCUGAUCAGAGUGCUGAAGUGGUUAACACCUUUAAAGAACUGGCAUUAGUGGGGCAAUCCCCAACAUUAACAGUUUUUAUUUAUGAAUACAUAUGGGUAGCAAAUUUCAAAUUGAAAUGUAAAAUGCAAAAUGGCAAUGCAAUAUGUAAAAUGGCAAUGUAUUUCUGUAUUUAAAUUGACAUUUUCCCACACAAAUGGGCAAUAUUUUGUGCAAAAUGAAAAUUCAAUUAUAAUUUACAUUUGCCAUUUCCUACACUUACAUAUAAGACGUUUCAAUUGCAUUUUCAUUUAAUACCUCGCUAUGGAUAUAAAGUCAAUGUGGAUUUGAAAUGUAUUUGAAAAUGCAACACGCCCCUGACCUGUCAAUCAUUAGGCUCAACAACAGGACGCACAAUAGGUCAAUAUUCACCGUUUACCAAACGCUUUCCACAUUUACUUAAACUUUAUUCAUUGCAGGGUAUUAAAUGAAAAUGCUAUUGAAACGUCUUAUAUGUAAGUGUCAAUGCAUUUAAGAAAAAUAAAAGACAUUUAAAUCACCAUUUUGCUACCCUUUUGCUGCACCUUUGGCUCAGAAUGAAUCCUCAAAUUCUCACUGCAUUUUUCUACAAUUGUCACGCGGUAUUGUGAUGGAAAUGCAAUCCCAAGUGUCCUACCCCUAAGUCUAAAUGCAUUUAGGAAAAACAGCAUUUAAAUGAUAAUUUUGCUACAGUUUUUGCUUGGACAUCUAAUCAAUUUGUGUAAUACAUUUCCGUUUUAAUUUUGCAACUUAUAAAGGGAUAAAAUAUAUUUUUUAAUUUGCACAUUAAAACUAGUGUAGAAAAUGGCAAAUGCCAGUUAUAUAACUGAAUUUUCAUUUUGCACAAAAUUUUGGACACGUAUGGCAAAAUGUAAAUUAAAAUACAGAACUACAUUGCCAUUUUGCAUAUUUCAAAUUUAACAUUUCAAAUUGAAUUUUGCUACCCAUAUGCUUCCAUUUUUAUUUACCUUUAGAGAUGUUCAAUACUGACAAAAAAUUAGUCAUUGAGUCGUUUAUUCAGUUGACUUUGUUAUUGAAGUCAUUUGUGUAGGAAAGAUUUAAUCAAUGUUUGGAGUGGCUUUCUGAAUUUACAAUGAGUUGUUUAUAAUUUCUUAUUUCUUUAUUGUUAUUGGUGAUUCCAGAUUGCUGUCAUUCAAGAAGUUACCAUUUCCUCCCCCAUUGUGGCUGAGCUACACAUUUUCUUCAUUUUAUUUUAAACAUAAAACAUCCAGAGGAGAAUGGUACCUACGCUGGAAUUCAUACAAAUUCUUCCUGUGAAGAAAUCCUGAACGAGGGUCAAAGGUUCAGAUGAAGGGAACCUAUGCUUCCAAGACUCAUGUAUGAACAACUUCAAGAAUCCAUGGACAAUUUGAGGUUUUUUCAAAUCUCAAUAUGGAACUUGGACUGAAUGCAGCAAAAAAAAAAAAAAAAGUAGUUUCCUCAAGCUGGCACAUGGCAAGAGAUACUAAAAGCACACAAACACUUGGAGCCCUGCUCUUAAUUUAGAUUGUAUAGUUCUCUUAUGCCGAGUUCACACUGCACGAUUUUCAAACUCAUCGGAUCGCUGUUGUUUUCACACUGCAUGACUAUCUAGGGUAACAUUCAGUCGCUGAUGUGUUCACAUUGCACGAUUUCACAGUAGGAAGAAUCGCCAACAACUCUGUCUGAUCCGCAAACUACGUUUCACACCAAAACACACACAAGAAGUGAUAAGGAAAUAACGCGAGAACCCGCGUGCGUCAGCCCGUUGUUCUCGAGCGAGACUGGAAGAAUUAAAACAAUAUAGCCCGCAAAUGGUCUGUGCGCUGAUUUCCAGCUACAAAAACAAAAACAGAUUAUGCAGGAGGGAGAUGCAGGGAACAGGGAUUGUGUUCUGCGAAGAGUGGUAAAUAAUAAUUUUGCAGUAACUGUUAUGCUGAUGUUGCAGCUGGUCAAGCACAUGUUUGUGCUUGUUUCUUUAUGAUAUAAUUGUACAUAUUAAAAUACUGAUAUGGUCUAUAACUCCUCACCGAACUUCUCUCUGCCCUGUAUCUUUGUCUCUCAUUGGCUGAAGGUCAUCGCCGAUGUAGUUUUCAGUCAGAAAUCAUUGCACACAGCAGGAUUGUGAAUCACGAUUCCCUCAGAUCGUGUCUUUGAUAAUUCACACUGCGCGAUUGUCACUCACGUGAACGAGCUCCGAUUUGUCUCCGAUUUUGGGCAUUUGUCGGCGAUUUAUCAAAACCUGUCGGCGAGUGAAAAAUCGGGCUAAAAUCAUGCAGUGUGAACUCGGCAUUAGUUUCACAUUGAAAUGUCAGGCACGAGUGCAUGAAUCUUUGUUCUUUAUUUUCAAAUGCUAUACAAGAAAGUUUUUUUUGCAGUACCAUGUCAGUUGUAGAUGACAAUUCACAUUUUUGGGUGAACUGUCCUUUUAAAUAACGUUCCACUUGACUAUUGACUAUAAGUCUAUAACAAUUGUUAUUAAUGACAGCCCUGUCUUUGUAUAAUUAUUUCCCCAUGUAGGCCUAUCUGAAAAAGUUUUGAUUCGUGACUGUUUCACAGUGAAGUUUAUCUUUGUGACCACUAUUUGGUGCAACACCAAUAUUGUACAAGUAACCUGCUCAUGUUUUAUUUUUUCUGCCUGUUGCUGUUUAAAACUAAAAUGUUUUCCACAAUACAAGCAUUUUCAAUGGUGCUUUACACAUUGUUAAAUUAAUUGAUGUCAUAAUAUUUUUGUCUUCACCUGUUAAAGGCAAAUAAAAGCUACUGAACACUUUUAAGAAUGUUUACAUGAGGUAAAA